GAACUAGUAGUCACUCCGACACGAGUAUACAUCAGUGUGUCGUCUCGACAGUGCCUGUAAGGAGAGAAAUUUCUACGAUUUCUGCUCGAAAAUAUUAUAUAUUUCUUCAAAAUCCCUUACACUACUAGCAGUGAACCUUUUUAAACCGUGUGUUUUUGCACCCUAAGAGCUUGCAAUGACAGAAUCUGAGGAAGAAAAGCCAUAUCUAACAUAUUUGCCGAUGAGGUCUGGCUUUAUUUACAAAUUAACCUCUCCCGUGAAAGUCCAUAUCGUAAACCUCACUUUGGACAAAGGAUAUGAUGCGCAAUUGCGACUUCAUUCCAAGGACCGUAUCACUGUGGAGGCCACUCUCGAUUCUGAGAACUCCGAUGAAUACCUCGACCUAGUCUUGGAGGGGAACGAUUGCAUUGAUCUGAAAAGCGAGACAAAUGCAACGGUGGAUGUAGUGGGCUACAUGGAGGGGUUUUGCUUCGGCAAUGACAAAGAGUUCGUCACUCUGAAGAAAGUUUUUCAAGAAACAAAGGAAACAUUAGAUUAAACCAAACCACCCAGAACAUAUUCCACAUAGUUACACAAAAUCUGCUCUAAAAAUAUCACCACAAUCUCAUAAUUCAAAACGAAAGAGACACCUUGAUCAUGGAGUAAUUGGAGAUACAUACAUCAUAUCAAUUAUAUACAUAUACAUAAAUUACUUAUAUCUUGAAUGUCAGCCAAAGCUCUUUCAACUCUUUUCCAAUUAAAUGAUAUGCGAUUUGUGCGAUUAAAAUGAUUUACCUAUACAAAUACAA